AUGGACCAUGUCCUGGAUGUAGACUGGACCCGAUCUGUUCAUGGCACGGUGGGGGAUCAUAAGUUCAGCGCUCAUCGGAUCGUUCUCGCCGCCUCCAUCCCGUACUUCCAUGCCAUGUUCACCAACGACAUGGUGGAGUGUAAACAGGAUGAGAUCCUGAUGCAGGGCAUGGACCCCAGUGCUCUGGAGGCUCUGAUCAACUUUGCAUACAGCGGCCACGUCGCGAUCGACCAGCAGAACGUUCAGUCUCUUCUGAUUGGCUCGAGUUUCCUGCAGCUGCAGAAUGUUAAAGAUGCCUGCUGCUCCUUCCUCCAGGAGAGGUUACAUCCGAAGAACUGUCUGGGUGUCCGUCAGUUCGCAGAGACCAUGAUGUGUACGACUCUGUACGACUCGGCCAGCAGCUUCCUCCACCAGCACUUUGUGGACGUUUCUUUAUCAGACGAGUUUCUGGCUCUGAGGACGGAAGAGGUGCUGGAGCUGGUCGGCUGCGAUGAACUCAACGUUAAAGCUGAAGAGCAG